GCAAGCAGCAGCCCAUUGUAAUGCGAAUUGGGUGAGCGUUCGUCUACCCCGACAAUUCGUCGUGACAAUGACCGAAGUCCCUUGAAAUACGACGUGUUUUUUUUUCAUUGAAACGACUCGCUUAUCUUUUUCUUAAAAACGUGGAACUCCACGAUCCUCAUGUGGAAACCCUACGACUGACUUCGUUGAAUGUGCCCUCAUUCUACCUCCAUGGAAUAUCCUCCGACCAUGGCUCCGCCGGUGCCGCCGCACAAAGUCCAAUGUGGCCGGUCGGGGCAGCCUCACGAGCGGCUGCUCAAGUGCGUCCUGCUCGGUGACGGAGCGGUAGGCAAGACCAGCCUGGUGGUUAGCUACACUACCAACGGAUACCCCACCAAAUAUGUGCCCACCGCCUUUGACAACUUUUCCGCUGUGGUUCAAGUGGACGGAAGCCCAGUUCGACUGCAGUUGUGCGACACGGCAGGACAGGACGAGUUCGACAAGCUGCGUCACUUCUGCUACAGUCGCACCGACGCCUUGCUGCUGUGCUUCAGUGUGGUCAGCCCGGCGUCCUUCCAGAACGUCUGGGAGAAAUGGGUCCCGGAGAUCGGCCGGCGCUGCCCCCUCACGCCAGUCAUCCUGGUGGGCACCCAGUGUGACCUGCGGCAGGACGUCAAGGUGCUCAUCGAGCUGGCCCGGCGGAAGGAGAGGCCCGUGGUGGAGGAGGACGCCCGCGCGCUGGCCGACAAGAUCGGCGCCGUUACCUACGUGGAGUGUUCGGCGCUCACGCAAAAGAACCUGAAGGAGGUGUUUGACGUCGCCAUCGCCGUGGGGCUGCGCAAUUGCGAGCGGAGGCUGCGGCGGGAGAGGAAGGUGCGCAGCACGGCCGAUAAGAUGAAGAUGCUCUCCAAGUCGUGGUGGAAGAAGUACGUGUGCGUCCAGUAGAACACGGAACACUUGGAGUCACUCGGUGGAGCGCAACCCGGUGACUUGGGGCUUAAAGGACAACUGCGUGACUUGAGAGCAGCGCCCAACUCAACCGCCCGCUCGACGCAGCUUUCAGCGCACAUUGACUGCAUAUGCAAAUGUGAACUUGAGUCAGAUGGUCAGCAUAUGAACUGAGGACAAUGACUGAAUAUGCAAACUAUGUCAUGUCAUCUCUAUGGGCUGCACACGUUAAUUCAACUUUGUUUCAUUUUGCGUUGACGAGAUGAAGAUGGAUUUUGUUAGCCUACCAGCAUAAUUGCCUAAGUCGGCAACUAAGAAAAGUCCAGUGGCCUUGAGUCAGUCUUUCUUGAGUACCUCGACGAAGAGGGAGAAUAAUUUUUUGCGGUUUUAUUUUCUUUUUUUUUUAAUUGGUAUUGUGACCCUAAGUUCAAAGUGACUUUGGCAAUUGUGCUUUUAGACUAAUGAUUUGUUCAACCACCCUAAAUGCUUUACUACUUUCACAGUUCUUCACUCAUGAAUAUCCAAAUGAGCUUCUUGGUCGUGUACUGUACAUGAAAGCCAGUACUGCCUGCACCUUUAUCCUCAGUCGUCCCCACCAACUGAUGUCUUUUUCAGAUCACAUGUUUGAAACUGUUUUCAGUACAGUACAGUACAACGGACCCCCACUGUUCACAAGAGAUUGGGACCGAGCCCCACCGUGACUAACAUAAAUCCGCGAACAAUUGACACUCCCUUUAAGUGCCCCCCCCCAAAAAAAAAUCAUGAAAAACUUUCUCCCAAAAGUUGUGAGAUUUUGCUUUUGUGCUAUUUGAUCUCACAUGUAAAACUACAUCCAAACUUUGUGGGGCUUUUUUUAAAUUUUGCACAUUUUUUUUACCCCCAAAUGGGCCUUUCACAGAUUUUUUUUUCCCAAAAAUUGUUUAAUUGCAUGGGAAUCGAACUCUUUAAUCACAUUGUUUUAAUUUGUGUUCGUUUCAAAUGGGUAAAAAAAAAAUAACAGUGUGGAAAAAAGGUUUUAUCGUUUUAAAAAGCAUCCUACAUUUUAACCAAAACAGUGACAAUGUUGUAUUUUCACUUGUUGGGCUAACAAAUAUAAAAAUCUAAUUACAGGUAAAUGGGGCCAGAUAGAGCUGAUUGAUUUGUUUUUUCUUCACGGCUCAUUUGACUAAUUGUACUACUGUCAUUUUUCUGCUAACAGUUUUCACACAUAUGAAAAUGUUUGUCUUUUUUUUUUUUUGGUCGGGUGCAAACUCACCCUUUAAUGUGUUCAUCUAAACUGAUGAUCAAUUGCUGAGACUGUAUACUGUUGGCGAAAGCCUGCCUUAUACUUUUAAUGGCUAACUAAAGUUGGGUGGCACCACUGUCAAUUACCUCACCACACGCAGUUCCAACUGUGACUUAUGUAAAUGACAGCGUGUCGUGCAGAUUUUGAACCAAAUGGUGUUAAGACUCAAGUGUCAGUUAUACAAUGACUGCUUACUUCCAGCUCGAGAGGGUGCCGCAAACGGUCAUGUGUGAAGUGCCAACGGCCCAGUAAAGAUCCUCAGCUGUCUUCUAGGACAUUUUCACUCCUCUAUUGACCACCAAAGAGACUCAUUCUAGAAUUUUACUGUUUGCUUCUUAUUUUUCAGAAGCCUGCCUGUCAUUCAUUCAUUUACGCUCUGUCUGUUUCUUCGUAUCUGCUCCCUCUGGGCCUCCAACCAAUCAUGAACAAAGCAGAUGCAUGAAUGUGCCAUAUUCUUUUAUGUAUGUUACAUAGUCUAUAAAUAUGUCCUUUGAUUUUGAUGUUUGUAAUGUCACCAUAAUGUCAAGCGGUACAGAACAGAGCGAUUUUGCUGUUUGAAUUGAAUAAAAUAAAAUGUGAAACAUUUGAA